GCCGUGCUGAGCGGCGGCUGCGCUCCGAGAGUCGCCGGGCUGCCGGCCGCCGAGCAUGCUGGCCCUGAGAGUGGUGCCAGUGCUAGCAGGCUGCCGGCAUCCCCGCCCCGCCGCAGCGGACAGUCCCGCGACACCACCGCCGGCCUGGGCCAAGGGCUCGGGUCCGAGCCAGGGCGUCGCUGGCCCCCGCGCUGCCCGCUGCCCCCGCUGGCCGAGUCGACCUCCUUGGUGCCGUGGGUCCGGCACCUGAAGAAGCCCAUCUCUUCGGUGCAGCUGCGGGGACGCAGCGUCUCCUUCUCAUCCGGGGUAUUGAAAGAAGAGAAGAUGACAAUGUUCUCUCCUGAGUUCAAAUUCGAGGCUUCCAAAGUCAGCAGAAGUUCCUUGGACAAGUGCUUUCUGUUUGAGAGCAGUUGGAGGAAAGCAGUUUUGGAAACACAGAAGAUGAGGAAGGCAUUUGGUCUAGAAGAGCCCAAAGAAUGUCUCAAAAUGCCAUAUUUACCAGAACUGCCAAGUUGCCCAAAGAGCUUAAAUUCAACUCCGCUAGAGAUCCAUAAGCACUUGCUGCAUGCUGAGACUGAGAUCCCUCCAAUCAGGAUUAAGAAGACCAAAGAGUCGUGCAGCAUGACAGCGCUUCAGGAGAAGUCAAAAGGUUCUGUCUUCAGUGACCCUUUCUCAGGAGCUCCCUCUCAGUUUCUGCAGAGAAUGUCCCGUAUGGCCAUACUGGAAUACGACACUAUUCGCCAGGAAACACACAAGAAAUCAAGGCGAGGCAAGAAGCGGGAUCUCCGAGACUGCUGAGGGUCGCACACCACACACCAUGCACCACACCAUGCACCACACCAUGCACCACACCAUGCUUCUCCCCGGUGCUGUGGUUCACAUUCGUCAUGUUUCUUUUUCUUUCUUUCAUUCUCUUUGAUAUGUGAUAUGAUAGACAUACAAAUGGAAAUGUAAAUAGCAAAUAAAUAUUUUA